AGUCUAGAGAGGCAGACAGCUGGGUUGAGUUAACAAACAGGGAGCAAACAGAAGACCCUCAAGGCAAGCAUGGGCAGGAGCGAGAGACUCAGGUGUGGGAACAGAGGGCUGUGGCAAUCCUCCUCGCUUCUCCACACCCCAGAUUCUUUCUCUCUCUUGGUCUGUUUGUUUGCUGGUUCCUCCCCGUCUUGGGCAGGUGUGUCUGACUUUGGGUACAGGUCUCCCAGACUGCAGAGCCGUUCCUGCCAUGGGCCUGUCCAGCGCCUUCCUUGGCCUCCUGUUCCUCUCGGGGACACUGGGUCUCACCACUUCCCCAACCAGAGGACGACUCCACUGUUACACCUGCAGCUUUGCCAAGCCCUGCUACCCUGUUCUCACCGAGUGUCAGGAAGAUGAGGUGUGCGGUGUCAGUGUUGGCACCUCAGAGCAAAACAAGGAUGUCAUCGAGCGGAAAGGCUGCCUCCCAAGAGCCCAGUGCCCUCUGCUGGGCCAUACUACCUACUGGUCACGGUCCUACACUCUCCAGCACCAGUGCUGUGAGCAGGAUCUGUGCAACACUGCUGCCUCACAGCGACCCCCCAGCCUUCCCCUCAUGACUCUGCUACCCCUUGCAGCCAUCUUUGGCUGGGGAGUACAUAUCGUCCUCUAGCCCGUGCGUCCACGACUGUCAGCCCGGGACUCCAGUGUCAUCGUGGGCAUGAAAACACCUGCACAGACGCUCUUGAGACACACCCAAGAACAUCACUUUGUAUAAAAACCUCAGCCACCGAACCCAGUACAGAUCCGGUUCCUACAGCUGGAGUUCCGCUUCCCGCAUGCAAGUGUCCAGAACCUCACCUCAUAAGAGACCCUGGCUGUCUUUAACCUACAUGUCCCAGGUCAGCUACCCUGAAUGAGCCGUGGGGUCCCAGGCAAAGGGACAGAAGUGGCACUGGGGCUGGUGAGAAAUAGGGUACUGCGAAGGGACAUGAGACUUGGUGCCUGAGGGUCUCAAGAACAGAGGGCUACCUUGGGGAGCCAUAAAGAGUGUAUUUAAUAAAAUGGGCUGUUGGGUAGAG